AUGGUGUCUCCCACCGACUCCCAUGAGGAAGUGCGACCGGGAAUCUCCUAUAUACUUCCGUUUCCGGGCCGGCCUCUUUCUUUUCGUGACCAUAGCGCUCCCGCAAGCAUGGUGAAUGUUCCUAAAACUCGCCGGACUUUCUGUAAGAAGUGUGGCAAGCACCAACCCCACAAAGUGACACAGUACAAGAAGGGCAAGGAUUCUCUGUAUGCCCAGGGAAAGCGGCGUUAUGACAGGAAGCAGAGUGGCUAUGGUGGGCAGACUAAGCCGAUUUUCCGGAAAAAGGCUAAAACUACGAAGAAGAUUGUGCUGAGGCUUGAGUGUGUUGAGCCUAACUGCAGAUCUAAGAGAAUGCUGGCUAUUAAGAGAUGCAAGCAUUUUGAACUGGGAGGAGAUAAGAAGAGAAAGGGCCAAGUGAUCCAAUUCUAAGCUUCAUCAUUUGUUUUAUUGUGAAGACGAUAAAGUCUUGAGGUUACGUUCACUUCAUUUGGUUACAAUUGGUCUUUUGGGAGGGAAUCAAUAAAAUUUCCCUUGGGACAUUUA